UUUUUCCUUGUUUAUUUGGAUUUUAUGUUUCACAUGGACCCUUAUCUGGGCAUCUUCUUCCUCAUUCCCUUCUUCCAAUCCUGCUGUGCCUGGUCAGUGAAUAAUUUCCUGAUGACGGGCCCCAAGGCCUACCUCAUCUACUCGAGCAGCGUGGCGGCGGGCGCGCAGAGCGGCAUCGAGGAGUGCAAGUUCCAGUUCGCCUGGGACCGCUGGAACUGCCCCGAGCGGGCRCUGCAGCUCUCCAGCCACGGCGGGCUGCGCAGCGCCAACCGAGAAACUGCUUUUGUCCAUGCCAUCAGCUCGGCGGGUGUCAUGUACACGCUGACCCGGAACUGCAGCCUCGGGGAUUUUGACAACUGCGGCUGCGAUGACUCCCGCAAUGGACAGCUUGGGGGUCAAGGCUGGCUGUGGGGAGGCUGCAGCGACAACGUGGGCUUUGGGGAAGCCAUUUCCAAGCAGUUUGUGGAUGCUCUGGAGACUGGACAAGAUGCCAGAGCUGCUAUGAACCUGCACAACAACGAGGCUGGGAGAAAGGCCGUGAAAGGGACCAUGAAGCGGACAUGCAAAUGCCACGGUGUGUCCGGGAGCUGCACCACCCAGACCUGCUGGCUGCAGCUGCCCGAGUUCCGGGAGGUGGGCACCUACCUCAAAGAGCGCUACCACAAGGCCCUCAAGGUGGACCUGCUGCAGGGGGCAGGGAACAGCGCUGCCAGCCGCGGGGCCAUCGCCGAGACCUUCAGCUCCAUCUCCAAGAAGGAGCUGGUCCACUUAGAAGACUCUCCCGACUACUGCCUGGAGAACAAGACGCUGGGGCUGCUGGGCACGGAGGGCAGGGAGUGCCUGAAGCGGGGCAAGGCGCUCAGCAAGUGGGAGAAGCGGAGCUGCCGGCGGCUGUGCGGGGACUGCGGGCUGGCGGUGGAGGAGCGGCGGGCUGAGAUGGUGUCCAGCUGCAACUGCAAGUUCCACUGGUGCUGCGCCGUGCGCUGCGAGCAGUGCCGCAAGAGGGUCACCAAGUACUUCUGCGUGCGCAAGGAGAAGCGGGAGCGGAGCGGCGGCGGUGGGGCCAGCCGCAAGCUCAAGAGGAAGCUCUAACUGUCA